UGUUUGUGUUAUAAAUAGCAGCAACUGACAACAAGCCGACAACAACAAUAACAACUGGAAAUAAUAGCAGAUGCGAGUGCUCGUUGCAAACUUCCGUUUUUUUGCCGUUCGCUCGCUUGCGGCUGACUUUUACUUUUGCCACAAUUGCAGAAAUGUGGCAGCAACGGCUGGCAAAUGUGGCAAUUGCAGUCGCAUCGGCAUUUGCCACCAAAUCGCCAACGUUCAAUGUCUCUUAUGUAAUUUGGCCGGACGAAAGAAAAAGCAGAAAAUAAGAAAUGAGAAAAACCCGUUUAGCCACAGCCGGAGCUAGUCAAAACGCUGCAGUUGUUGCGGCCGCUGUGGCUGCGGGCCAAAAUCAAUCCCAAGUCUAUGUCACAGACUCUUGCCUCGAGAAGCCGUACCGCUGCCCGCACCCGAAGAUCCAGUUCUACCUGUACACGCGGCGCACCCAGGAGGAGCCCGAGUAUCUGGACGUGCUCGAUCCGAAUGCCCUCUACUACACACACUUCAAUCCGCGACACCCCACCAAGAUCAUCAUCCACGGCUUUGGCGGCGGCCGCAUGCUCAGCCCCAGCCCGGACCUGCGGGAGGCGUACUUCAGCAUCGGCGAGUACAACAUCAUCAUCGUGGACUACAGCAACGCGGUGAAGGAGCCCUGCCUGAGCCAAAUGGAGUGGGCGCCGCGCUUCGGCAGCCUCUGCAUCUCGCAGCUGGUCAAGUACCUGGCGCGGCAUCCGCGCGGCGUCCAGCCGGACGACCUGCACUUCAUUGGCUACAGCGUGGGCGCCCACAUUGCGGGCCUCGUUGCGAACUACUUGAAGCCCGAGGAGGGCAAGAUCGGGCGCAUCACGGCUCUGGAUCCCACCAUAUUCUUCUAUGCCGGUGCGAACAACUCACGCGACCUGGACACGAGUGAUGCGCACUUUGUCGAUGUCUUGCACACGGGCGCCGGCAUCCUGGGGCAGUGGCACUCGAGUGGACAUGCCGACUUCUAUGUCAAUGGCGGCACCAGGCAGCCGGCGUGCGUCGGCUCUGCCACGUUGUUUCAAACCUUGGCCUGCGAUCACACCAAGGUCACGCCGUACUUCAUCGAGUCGAUAACAACGAAGCGCGGCUUCUAUGCGGGGCCCUGUCCGAAUCUGUUCACCUACCUGAUAGGCUGGUGCGAGCCCAAGGACUCGGAGUAUGUGCUCAUGGGCGAGCACUGUUCGCACAAAGCACGCGGCAACUACUAUGUGACGACGAAUGCGAAGGCGCCCUUUGCACGCGGCUUUCCGGGCAAGGGGCGGGCCAACGGGGAGUACCAGGGCGUAAGGCGCUGAUCGGCUGGUUCGAAUCGAGUUUACUCUA